UCCGAAUGCGGCAGUAAGUAUCGCGGAUAAUAUGCUUUUCUUCUCACGGUUGCUGUAGUGUGGCUAUAUACUACCAACUAGAGACGAAAAUGGACCAUUAAUAUGCUUUUCCCUCUCGCACCUUGAAGAUCAAGAAGCACCAAAUCCUCUCUUCACUUCCAAUCCCCCAAACAAAGACAACCAGAAAUACCGCCACGCCACCGGCGAGUCGAAACCCUUGGGUUCGGCUACAAUGGCGGAAGCAAGAGUUCAAAGCGUGCCGCCGUUUGUCAAGUGGUGCAGCGACUUUUCAAGGUUGUUCCAGUACUAUCUCGACAGAUCGGUGCCUCAGCCGACGCUGAGGUGGCUCGGAACGCUUGCGGUGGCCCUGUUGUACGCCUUGCGGAUUUACUACGUCCAGGGGUUCUAUGUCGUCUCGUACGGGCUCGGGAUCUACGUUCUUAAUCUGUUGAUUCAAUUCCUUUCCCCGAAGGUCGAUCCGGAGCUUGAAUCUCUUGAUGGAGCUUCUUUGCCGACCAAGACUUCCGAUGAGUUCAGGCCGUUUGUUCGCAGGCUUCCUGAGUUCAAGUUCUGGGUACACCUUCACCAAGGCAUUUCUUGUUGCUUCAUUCAUGACCCUUUUCCCUGUGUUCGACGUACCCGUUUUCUGGCCGAUACUAGUGCUGUACUGGAUUGUUCUCUUUGUUCUCACAAUGAGAAAACAAAUCAUGCAUAUGAUCAAGUAUAAGUAUGUCCCAUUCGACUUGGGAAAGAAGAAGUAUACUGGGAACAAGCGUCCUGAAAGUAGUAGCAAGUCACGAGACUGACUAAAGCUACAGGAUGGUGGUAGGAGCUCGGAUAUCAUCAGAGAUUUACACAACUGAGAGAAACGGGGAUUUUUUUUUUUGGGUACUUGCUGUAAGUUUGUGGUGUUCUGCAUGUUGGAAGCUGUUAUUGACUGCAACAUCUACCACUUUCCCCUCCUCUAUUUCGUAACAAGAAAAUGAUCAACUGUAGAAUGGUUCAUGCGAUAUGUGCGUAGCUCAGAUUGAAUACCUGCUGGAUCCUUCAUUUUGUAUUAUCCUUGAACCCUCUUGAUAAGUAAAUACAAUGUUUCUCAUUGUUUUGUUUUUUCCCCGGGCAGAGAAUUGCUAAUUUUUAUUUAGAUGCGUUGGUAGCUUCAAUCUGGAGUAGUUGAAUAUAAAC